AUGGAUGGUUGCGUACCGCGGCUGGAUGGACGUAGACCUGCUUUUGGUGGGCCUUCUCAACGACGACUCGUCAGCGAGCCGUGGGCUAGUCCCAAUCUAGCCGGGCUGAACGGUAGUCAACCUCGCUCUCUUGGCCAGAGAAGUGUCUCUGAGAGCAUAUCUCGGUAUCUUGAACUGGGAUCCAAGCAGGUCGGGGCAGAGGCCUCGUCAGAACUUCUCCCAGAGCCUAUCAACUGGCGCGUCCAGGAGGCUGCUGUCUCGGUUGACGACGCGUCUCUGAGAGAUAACACCCUUGGCUCAGACCGUAAAGUCUUUGUAUGCAGUGUUUGUAGACGAACUGAGAUCGUAAGACGAAACACUCGGCCGUCUCCAGAAGAUCAAGAGGAGGAACUUCCGGUUUCUGAAAUACAUCUUUCAGGUAGUUCUUGGGGUCGUGCUGUCCAAGAGUUAGAAAGUUAUCUUGCUGAAAUAACUAACCAUCCUGUUUCGGUCCCUUACCCUGAGGAGGAGGAUUGCCCAUACGACUAUUCAGACGAGCUUCCCGCUGCUUUUGAUUUCUUGCAGGAACCUCUUAACUUCCCCGGUGAAUUGCUAAGGAAGAGCAGAUUAGGUACAGACACACCGUCGUGUUAUCUGAGCUCCACCUCCGACGGGAGACGAAGAGUGACCUGGUCUAACGACUGUCAGGAACCCUCUAUUGCUCCUCUCAGACGAGGAGACUCGUUUAUAUACUCCCAUCCAAAGAGGGGCGAACGAGAAUUGCAGCUGGACGAUAGGUAUUUUGAAAGUUUCGGUGGAGAUUGUGCAUCAGAGAGUGAGUGGUCUCAGAUCCCCCUUGAGCGCCCUGAUGGCUGUCCUGAACUGGCGCUCCCGCGCAACAUCGCGCUAUCCGAAAUCCACCUCCCUCCCCCUUCUGCCCCUCCUCACAUCUCCCUGCAAUACCACACUUCGUGUCCCGUUCCACCUCCUGCCCCCUCACCAGUCCUUAGCCCCCGCCGGCACCAUUCUAACACCUACACUGGACUGGGCCCUAAAAAAAGACGCAGAAGCAGGUCCCUUAGGAUCACUUCUGGCGGUAUAACCUCUGCCAUAAAGAGUAUCUUUCAUGAUAGCCCCAUCAACUCGUUCAAGAGGAGCGCAGGUAGUGGUGACUUGGGGUCCCUCAACCCUGCUGACAUAGCGCACAAUUUCAGGUUCGAAGCAGUACCACGCCGGAAGAAUACGUCUCAAUCUAAAUCCAGAAAGUACCCCAGGAGGCUCUAUUCUUCGGAUCAGAUCCAUUUGAGACAGUCAGGAUUCCCCAUAGAGCAUUGGCUGGAACCCGGUUCUGACAGCGAUCCAGGUACUCGUGAGGAACCCACUUCCGUUUCCGUGGAGACCCCGGCGACCCCCGUCGUUCCCCCCAACCAUCCCCCCUAUUUACGUUUUACCCCCUCUGUCUUAUACGACCGGCAAACCUCUCUUGGGGCCUCUGAUCUGAGUGUUCCUCGAGACGAGGUUCCAGCUCCCAAGGCGAGUGGAAGUCGACCCAUGUUCCCGUCCACUUCUCGAGAAACCCCCCCUUCAGCUAUCGAUGAGGAUUGCGACAGCAACGCCAUGAACUCCGAUCGUGCCUCUGGGUUUCUCAACCCUGCGACGGCAAUGGCCGCCGUCACCAGACACAAGGCAGAAGCAAUAAAGCUAGCCAAGGAGCAAGGUUCCGCAGUUAGGGAAAUGUGUCGUCGCAGCAAGAUAGAUCCCCCCUUACGAGUUUGA